UCCAUAUCUCGCAUUUUAUACCCGAGUAUCGCAUUCAUUUUGGCUCGAUUUUUAAAUUGCUUUUGCAACUCAAUAGAGAAUCUUUUUCAAUCGUGUCAGCGGGACUGGACUAUUGCCUACUAAUUCUCUCAUAUAACUCUUAGGCCCAUCAAGAGCAGCAAGUUUUUCACGCUUCUCUUCUUCUUUCUGGUCGGUCUUCUUCGCCCAGUACCCCAUCAGGCCUCCGUCUUUAUUUUCUUCACCACAUUGCACACACUUUUCACACGACUUGUCGACCGUUCAGGCCGACCCUCAUGGCACAUCAGCAUAACGUAGCAACAAUCCAAACUAUUUCCCCCAUUCUCAACUCUUUCUUCCGAUAUACGCAUUCAAUAUGUCAUCUGAGCAGGCAAAUACUGCCAUUCAACCCGUUUUCGAAGCAAGACCAGUCAACAGAAGGACAGAGUCUUCCACUUCAAUAGAAGCGGUCACCUCCAACCGUAUGACCAUGGCCUCUAGUAGCGCUACUCUAUGCCAGUUGGGCGAGCACGACGAUAAGCCAUCAAUGCCUGAUGCUGAGCAUCCUCCUGCUAUUCCUGAACAAGCUUCAGGGUAUAGCAAGUCGGAAAAAUCUCAAGUCCCUACGAGACAGUCAUCCACUAAACACGCCCAUCCUCAUUCUCAUUCUCAUCAGCAUCAGGGUGCAACCCCUCCCCCCGUACCUGCUCCUGAUGUCGUCUCAGUCUUUGACCCAGCUUCAAUUGGAGGUGGUGGUCCGCUUAAAAGGAUUGAGACACAGCGAAGCGAGCGAUAUGCCGAGGAAAUGAGAGAAAGGGAAGCAAGAGAAGCUGACAAGAGCGAGAAGAAAAGUGGAAUUCUUCGAAGAUGGUCCACAGUUUCUAGAAGGCGCCCCGUUAUGAUCAUGCCGCCUCAUACUCAUCGACAUAGUGAAGAUGAGGUCUCUCCUGUUGAUGACGAUCGGGACCCCAGACAUGAGCGAUCGUCUUCCAACAUAAGUAAUCAGACUCUGGCGAUUACUCCUACUCCUGGCGAAAGAGAAAAGUGUGACUUUUCAGACGACAAGGAAGAAGGCCGCUGCGAGGCGGAGAAACAUAUGCAAGAGGAAGAGGUUGAAGAGCAUGUCUACCCUGAUGGAGGUUACGGUUGGGUUGUACUCGGUGCUUGUUGUUGUCUGGCAGGAUGUACGAUGGGUUGGGGUAUGAACUGGGGUGUUUUUCAAGAGUAUUACCUGGACAGCGUUUAUCCCAACGUCAAUACUUCUGUCCUCUCUUUAGCGGGAACUUUGUGCGCCUUUAUGAUGAAUGCCACCGCUUUUAUCUCUGGAAGAUAUGGUGACCGAUAUGGCUUCAAGAGGGUCUUGUAUUGUUCCGCCGUCAUCACAUGGCUCGGCCUUUUCCUCGCAGGCUGGUCAACCAAGCUCUGGCAAACUAUUCUCACCCAAGGCAUUCUCACCGGCUUUGGUCAAGGCCUCUCUUUGCCCCUUUUCAUGUCCCUUCCUUCGCAAUGGUUCUAUCGCCGCCGCGGUCUUGCCAGCGGGUUGGCUAUCGGGGGUGCCGGCUUGGGAGGUGGCACCACAACAUUGAUCUGUAGAGAACUGUUGACAAGGGUCGGAUAUAGGAAAACUCUUUGGAUUCUGGCGUGCAUCAACCUGUUCUGCAUGUCCCUGUCUACAUUUCUGAUCAGGACAAGACCGAGCUCCCCAGAGGGCAAGGCAACUGGAAAAGGGCCUUGGAUUGAUUGGGCGGUGGUCAAGACUUCUUCUUUUUGGAGUUUGGUCAUAGGCCUUGUCGUGUCGACCACUGGUUAUGCGAUGCCUUUCAACUUCACUGCGCAAUGGACAAGACUUCACUUCCCUAAUCUCAACCCUAUUCUUCUUGCGCUACCCGUUACACUGUUAGGCUACACUGUCUGUGUAGGCCGUGCCCUCAUCGGCCUAAUAGCAGACCUCUUGGGACCCAUGAACACCUUCAUUCUGUGUUUCUUUUUGUCUGGGGUUGUCCAAUUAUGCCUCUGGCUCACUGCGAGCUCAUUUGCUUCCGUUUUGGUCUUUGCCAUAAUGUUUGGGCUGGUUGCCCCGGGAUACAUGGGUAUCAUCCCACAAAUCAUCGUGCAAUUGUUCGGCCCAACCAAUCUGGCUACCAAUGUUGGAAUAUUACUGCUCUUUAACGGUCCGGGUAAUUUGAUGGGUGGGCCUAUUGGUGGUGCGCUAUACGAUGCAAGUGGAAGGACAAGUUUCAAGUACAUGAUAAUUACGGGUGGUUGCUUGCAGAUCGCCGGGGGCCUGAUCAUUUGCUGGGCGAGGUUCAAGACUAGCAGGAAAUGGCUCAAAAAAAUCUAAUGAUGGUAAUAAUGGCGGCGUCCACCAGAUUGGUUGCUGGCAAGGGAUGAUGGUCGAGUGCGUAUUUUUGGAGAGGACAUGUGGAAUGGGCCGGAAGAUGAGGGCAACGGCGCAUUUGGUGUAUAAUGACAUGAAUGGAGAAGUGAGAUACAUGGACGAAUUCUGUAUUUUGGCGAUCAGCCUGUAUUGUACAUCCUCAUCAUCAGUACUCACAGACAUUAAUUUAAUGACUUGCC